AUGCAAAAACUUUAUAAAGAGACACAAUGCUUGGAUGUUAGUAAAUCAUACUCUUUAAACUCUAAACUAUUUGAUAUUCAAAUACCAUUCGUUAAAUCAAAAAAAUUUAAAAGUACGAAUGAGGAGAAACUUCCUAUUGAUGUAGAAGUCGUUAAAAAGGCUUACGAUAACUUAAAAAAAUUAUUUACAAUGCAAUGUGAUAAUAUUAGUUUCAAAAUCAAAAACAAUUACGAUGCGAGGGUUAUGGCAAAUAAUUUUUAUGACACAUUAAUGCAGCAAUCAUUUAAUAAAUUUUUAGGAGGAAACACUUCUGAUAAAUCUCUUAUUUUUAAUUUUGAAAAUGAACUUUAUUUAAUACCACCUAAAAGUUUAUUUUAUUGUCAUGACAUUAAAGAUAUUUCAAAUCAUCUUAGUAAUAAAAAAUAUAAUUUGAUUUUAAUGGACCCUCCAUGGUGGAAUAAAUUUAUUCGAAGGAAAAGAAAAAAAAAUUUCAAAUUUGGGUAUGACAUGAUGUACGAUAAAGAUCUAUCAAACAUUCCAAUUAAUAAUCUCCUGGAAGAAAAUGGAAUUCUUGGGGUUUGGUGUACAAGUGCACCUUCUCACAUUGAGGCCAUAUUAACUGAACUAUUUCCUGCAUGGAAUGUAGAAUUUAUAGCUCAGUGGUUUUGGUUAAAAAUUACAAAAUUUGGUGAACCAAUUUGUGAUUUUUCAAAUACAUUGGGAAAACAGCCAUUCGAGAGAGUUUUAUUUGGAAAAAAACUUAAUUUUGACAGAAAAAUUCCUCAACCUGAAAAAAAUAAAGUAUUUAUGAGUAUACCUAGUGCCAUACAUUCACAUAAGCCUCCUCUUUGUGAUUUGCUGAAACCUUAUCUUCCUGAAAACCCAGAGUGUUUAGAAUUAUUUGCCAGGUACUUACUACCUUCUUGGACAAGUUAUGGAAAUGAAGUGUUAAAGUUACAACAUAUAUCAUUAUUUACUGACAAAAAUUUAUUGGAUGAUGGUUAA